CCCAGGACCCUCCGCCGCUCCGCCUUUCGGCCCCCAGGCGGUCUCUUCCCGCAACCUCGGCGGCGCCGUGAGGAGCUGGAGGGCAGGGAGCGGAGGGGGCAGCAGGCAGGGCAAUGGCGAGACCUGAGAGGCGGAAGGUUGCUUGCCGAAGGGCCGAAAGAGCCGGCGGCCACCGGACAGAACCCCCUCCCUCCUGGCAUGCCUUGGCGAAGGUCCUCCCCAUUUCACCCCCCUCCCCAGGGGUCCCCACAACCAGUCCGAUUCUGGCCAUGAACGAAGCAGGCAAACACCCACUUCUGCCCCUUGUGCGAAAGCGGCUGCCUUGGUGUGUUCCACCAACCCUGAAACAGGAGCCGCUGCCCGGCAGGACUUUAUGCGAUGCCGCUUUCCACCGGACUGCCAACCGGGCGGAGUGAGGGUGCUGAGGUUCUUCCAGGGAAUCUGAGGGGUUUUUCCCCCUUUUUUGCACCUCAUUAGGAUUUACAGUCUGGACAAAGAAAGUGUGCUUAUGCAUGCAAAGACAUCGGAAAGUCUUCCCCUUGCCAUUCUGGGUCUCCUGCUCCUCCAUCAGCCCAGCACCCCCAAGCUUCUUUGGGAGUCGGACUUCCCAGAGACCCACUGCAAGGCUUUUUUCAGGGGCAGCUUGAAGUGGGCAAGAAGCAGUGGUUCCUGGGCUCCUGGAGCCUGACUCUUCUGAGGCACCUGGGGAAGGGGCUGUUGUGAGAAAGGCCUGGAUCGCCUACGGCCUCAGUGUGCAAAGCUGCUGCUGCUGCCUGUAUCCAAGGAGAGGCCCUCAGCUGAAUGAAGGGAUCAGGCCCUUGGCAAUAGAAGCAGCAGCACUUCCAUGGAAAAUGGGUGGCAGGCUCCCUUUGGAGGCAGGCAAAUUCUAGUCCAGAGCAAGCUCGGAGCCGAUUUUUGGCAGGAUCUCGCAAGCCCUCCCCCUCCCCGGAAUCUCUUCUUCAGCCAGGAGACCCGUCCGUCUGCUCAGGCAGAGGUGUUGCUCUUCCAAGAAUCCGGGCCUGGCUUGAGGCGGCAAAAGAGAGACUGGGUCAUCCCUCCGAUUAUUUUAUUUGAGAAUGAGAGGGGACCUUUCCCCAAGCACCUGGCGCAGAUCAAGUCCAGCAAAGAAAAAGAGAGCACCGUCUACUACAGCAUCACUGGGGAGGGGGCUGACAGGCCUCCGGUUGGCAUCUUCAUCAUCGAGAGGGAAACCGGCCAGCUGAAGGUGACUCGCCCGCUGGACAGGGAGAAGAUUCCCCGCUACCAGCUCUUUUGCCACGCGGUGUUAGCCAACGGCCAGACAGCAGAGGAGCCCAUGGAGGUGAUCAUCAACAUUGGAGACCAGAAUGACAACCGUCCACUGUUCACCCAGAGAGUCUUCGAAGGGUCCGUGGAAGAGGGAGCCAAACCAGGAACCUCUGUGAUGACUGUGACAGCCACGGAUGCAGACGAUGCUGUAGACUCUUAUAAUGGGGUCAUCACUUACUCCAUCCUCAGCCAGGAGCCCCCAGAGCCACUCAGAGACAUGUUCACCAUCAAUUCAGAAACGGGUCUCGUCUCCCUGAAGAAAGGCGGCCUUGACAGAGAGAAAGCCCCCAAGUACACCCUGAUUAUGCAAGCCGCGGAUAUGGACGGGGGUGGCCUUUCCAGCACUGCAAUCGCAGUGAUUCAGGUUGCCAGUCCCAGCGAGGGCCACCACACGCUCCUGAGCGUCCAUGCGCUGAACGUGCUCACUGGCCUUCCUGCCACUGGCCUGGCCGUGCACCUCUCUCACCUCCGAGCCCCCAACCAGGCCUGGAUGGAGCGAAUGACCAGUGCGACCAGCACAGACGGGCGCAUGGACACGAGCGAGCUGGCCUCCCUGCAGCUGGAAAGUGGCACCUACAAGCUGCGCUUUGCCACGGGAGAGUACUGGCAGCAACAGGGCCUCACCAGCUUCUAUCCUUACGUGGAAGUGGUCUUCACCCUCACAGGGGCCGAACAAAAGGUGCACAUCCCGCUGCUGCUCAGCCCCUAUUCCUAUGUGACCUACCGGGGGAGCUAGUGCGAGAGCCGUGGCUUCCCUCGGGAGGGCUGCUUUGGGAUCUGGGACUGCUCCCAAGGCCAACUGUGAUGCCAGCUCAGGCUGUCCUCUGAGGAAACCUAAUAAAAGAUCUACCUUC